AUGGUCAUAUUUCAUUUCUUUUCCCUUCUUUGGACAUCAUUAAUACGAAAUGCAAAUAUUCGUACAUUAAUCAAUGACCUAACUUAUAAUCUUGUUCGAAUAAAACAACCACUUGCACAUAUUAAUGAUAAAAUAGCAUUUCCAUUCAAUAACUUAUCAUUUUCGAAUCUUUGUCAAAAGGCACAAGAAUUAAAAGUUUUGUUAAAUAAUGAUGAACAAUCAUGGAAAUAG